UUAUUAAACCGUAGUAGCGAAAUCUCCCCUCCCUAAACCCGUUCCAAAUCAUAACUACGGGCAUCAGCAUUUUCCAAAGGCUUCCUCAUCCUCGAAGCCUUUGAAGAUGGCGGCCACAUACAUCCUAGGCUCUAUCAACCAGAGUCGUGGGCCGGCCUUCGAGCUGGAGCCGGGAGACCAUCAUGGCGCCCUCGCUAGGCUUCAGUCGCCCAUGCCCUCCAUCACCAACUUCGUCUACCCUCAUUUGACAUGGUCGACGCUCUGGUUUACGCUCCUGUGCGUUUUUGUCGUCUUCAACUUGAAGAACUUGCCCUUUAUGUGGCAUAUGCGGAUUCUGAACGCCUUUCGCUUCACCUUGCGGACGCAAAGGUCGCCAAUACCUCUGAGUUCUGCCCACAUUUUCCAGCCCAUUAUCACAACCUCGACGGCGCAACUUAUGGAGAUCGACUUCAACAUCCACAAGACGAACUCUUCCUAUUUCUCGGACAUCGAUGUUUCACGAGCCCACCUAACUUGCACCCUGUUCGCCAAGGGCAUUGAGCAGAUGCGCGGCGGGACAGGGGCGUACACGGGGUCAGGGAAGCCCUUGUUCGGGCUCGCUCUCGGCGCAGUCUCAUGCCACUUCAAGCGCGAACUCCUGCCGUACGAAGAGUACGAGAUGUGGUCUAAGAUCCUUACCUGGGAUGAGAAGUGGAUCUACAUCGUAACGCACUUUGUGCGCAAAGGUGCAGCAAGCCCAAAAAGCUAUUCGCUGUACCCCGAGCAGUCGCCGGGCCAUGACGGUGAGAGCAGCGGGUCCUCCAGCGAUAUCCGAGGCACAGACAGCAAGCCAGGAGAGCAGAUUAUCGCCACGGCCCUCAGCAAAUGUGUCUUCAAGUCCGGACGCAAAACGAUAUCGCCGGAGCUAAUGCUGCACAUCUCGGGGCUGCUCCCAGACUCAGACGACUCCAAGGCAGAGAUGCAAGGAAUGACACGACAGGAAGUCGAGGGGCAAAGGAUCAAGGGGCUCCAGCUCGUUCAACUCUUCUCAGAGCAGCAGCCGAGUCUAGACGCCGAGUUCGGUGGUACGGACUGCGAGGCGCUGGCUAGGCAUAACGACGGCGCAGGCAUUUCCGGCGUGGUCAGCACACUCAUGCAGCUGGCUCACCUGAAAAGGACCCAGGCAUUAUGAACAUCACGAUGGCGAUGGUGUUAUGGCGUCGUUUGCAUAAAGCUUUUUCCCUUCACGAACUACAGUAAUAUCCACGCCGACAUGGUAUAUCUCCUACAGUACGGACACGACACCCAGGUUAUCUAGAAUGUCUACAUAUUAAUUUCAAGCUUUUCGUGGUGUAUGGGCUUGUCCCCAGGCAGGGCAACAGAAGGUUGGGUGGAGUGGAGGGUGAGCUGGAUACACCGCGAUGGACUCAGGCAGCCUACGCCGUAGCUUGCAACGUUACAAGACCUCACAACAAUAGCAUAGCGAAAGAGAGUAAACAAUAAACUAUUUUCCGUACAUACUUGUCCCCUUUAU